GUACAUCCACUGUCUGCUCCUCGACAACUGUCCUUCUAGCCACCGCUAAAGCUGCUCGACAAUUCCUCAGCGACGAUUUCCAGCACAUCCCCGCUCACAAGGACGUCGGUGAUACCACUGAGCCCAACGCAGCUUUUUUUGGCAACAACAUCGUGGAUGCUAUCUCAACAACCAAGGCUUUCGGAGCACCAGCUCAGCCAUCCUCAAUGAUUGAAUCAAGUCAGCCCGCCUUUGACGGUCAGACCGAAGGCUUAUCGAUGAUUGAUUCCGACACGUCGUUCAUGGCCCGUGAUGAGAAUUUAGUCAAGGACAUCCUCUCCGGUCAUCGCGUCUUAGACACCACAGACCUUGACUCGGAGUGGCUUUCUGACGAAAGCACUUUCUACGAGGACGACUGUCAGGCUACAACGCAGUGCCUUACGGACGACAAACCGAAACACACCUUGCAUGCCGAAUUUGACUCUCACACCAUCAACAAUCUAAUCCGGAGAAUGGCAACUCUUUCUCUGAACGAUGUACCGUCUCAUAUAUCGAAUCUUUCUCUCGACAAUGUACCUACCAUUUCAACUCUUUCUCUUGACGAUGUACCUUCUCAUAUACCAAAUUUUGAUCUCGACAAUGUACUCCCUCACAUCUCAACACACUUUCUUGACGAUGUAUCCACUCACUUAUCAAGUCUUUCUCUCGACAGUGUACCUUCUACUAUUUCAACUCUUCUCUCGACGAUGUAUCCUCUCACUUGUCAACUCUUCCGUCACAUCACACUCUAUACCACACUAUCGACACCCUACCUGAUCCAUAUCAGCCUUCGAAGCUUCGGUCAACACACGCCCUAGACGAUCACACUAUCACCCACCUACUCGGAACUCUUCCUCCCGAUCCUCCUCAGUCAUCGAAAUGUCAGCCCCAAUGCACCCUAGUACACGACUGCCCUAUGGAUGACUUAAUUCGAAGAAUGUUAGAUCUUUCUCUCGACGAUGUUCCAUCUCGAUUAUUGACACUUCAGCCACAUCAUGCUCUACACCAUCACCCUGUUGACACGCUACCAAAUAACACAAAAGCUCUUGCUCUCGACGACAACCUCGCUAUCGAUGCGCU